AUGGCACGCGCGGUCUCGUUGGCCCUGCUCCUGGUUCUGGGGGUGGCCCCCAGCGUGUCGGCGGGCACCGGCGACAAAUCGAUCAUUGCUCAGGUUAUCGACGCGGAGGUUCCAGAAGUUCGUGUGGAUCCUUUCCAGCGAUGUUCUUUCAUGAGCGGGUAUGAGGCCGUCGCUGCGGGCGGCGCGGCCCGCGAGCUGAGCGACGGCGAGGACGCCGCCGAGGAGGACGCCUCCAUCUGCGACGUGGGCGGGAGCGGCCUCGUCCUGCCCGUGCUGCCGGACGAGAACACCUGGGACAAGCCGGCGAGGGCCAUGCUUUAUUUCGCGGGCCUCAGCUGGUGCUUCGUCGGCGUGUCAAUCGUGGCCAACAUCUUCAUGGCCGCGAUCGAGGCCAUCACGGGGAAGCGGAAGACCCUCAAGUUGUCCAACGGGAGGACGGUGGUCGUCAAGGUUUGGAACGACACGGUGGCCAACCUCUCGCUGAUGGCCCUUGGCAGUUCUGCGCCCGAGAUCCUGCUGUCCGUCCUUGAGAUUGUGGGGAACGACUUCUACUCCGGAGCCUUGGGGCCCUCCACGAUCGUGGGAAGCGCGGCGUUCAACCUGCUCGUCAUCAUCGCGGUCUGCAUGUACGGCAUACCGAACGGCGAGUCGCGGACGAUCAAGAGACCGGCCGUGUUCAUCGUCACCGCCGUGGCAUCGACGUUCGCUUACCUGUGGCUGGUAAUUAUGCGUGUGGCUGACGCCACCUCUGCCGACCUCUCGAGAGGCUGGCUGUCCCCCCGCGCGGCGAAGCAGGGCCACGCGCUCAGCAUCAAGAGGAGCUGCACGAACCUGCACUGUGACAUCACCGCUCUCCCGGACCACGAGGACUCUGCGCUGGCAGGGAGAACGCGAGCACAGGUUCGCAAGGGCGUUGGCAUGAUCGGCGAAAACAAGAAGGACGUGCCGGCCACGGAUCUGACGGUGGGUUUCACGACGCACGAGUUCAGCUUCCCCGCGGACGCUGGCGAAAUCAUCCUGGAGGUGGAGAAGACAGGGCAGCAGGUGGGCAAGUACUUCGUGCGGGUGUACUGGGAGGACUCCAAAGGAAGGAAGGGGCACUGCCUGAUCCACAAGUACGAGUCGCGGGGCAGCGUCACGCUCGCGCGGUCCAGCAAGACCGCGGGGGAGCGCCUCACGGUGAGCCUGACGCGGGCCGUGGCCAGCCACACGGAGGCUGCCCUGAGCGAGGGGGACGAGACCACGCAGUAUUGCACGAGGCGCAAGGCCUGCGCCAUUGCACCGGGGCUCGCGAAGGCGGAGGUGUGCAUCGCCGGCGCGGAGACGCAGAAGGCCGGGACCGGCAAGCUGAAGCUGGCCGAGGACGUCAUCGACCACCAGCCCAGCACCGAGUGCGAGACGACGUGCUGGGUGAAGGUGCAGCGCUUCGACGGCAGCGAGGGUCCAGUGGAGUGCCGGCUGCUGACGGUGGCGGACUCGGCCAGGCCCCUGGACGGCCUGGCCGACGGCGCAGGCGACUACAUGCACAAGGACGACGUGCUGGUGCUCGAAGACGGGGUCAUAGAGAAGAGCGUAGAGAUCAAAAUCCAGAAGCGGAGCCCGUACGAGGGCAGUGACCGCCUCUACGUUGAGCUGGAAGGGGACCACGUGGCGGAGGGCAAGGACAGCAGAUGUGCGAUCAACAUUCUCCCAGCCAGCGGGGAUGCGGACACCGCGAUGAGGGUCGCCCGCUGGAUGGACCACGCCUUCAACUUCGACGUCAUGAGCGAGGGCACGACCAGGUGGGGCGACCAGUUCCGCAACGCCAUCUGGCCGGUCCCGGUCGAGGACCACGACGAGGUCUCCGCCGCGGAGUGGUGCAUGCACUUCGUCGCCCUCCCCUGGAAGCUGCUCUUCGCGCUCAUACCCCCGGUGUCCUACGGCGGCGGCUGGGUGUGCUUCUGCGUGGCGCUGGUGUUCAUCGGCGGCGUCACCGCCGUGAUCGGCGACCUGGCCUCGCUGAUGGGCUGCUGUAUGGGCCUGCCGGACUCGAUCACGGCCAUCACCAUCGUGGCGCUGGGCACGUCGCUCCCCGACCUCUUCGCCUCCAAGGUCUCCGCGGUGGAGGACCCCUCCGCGGACAACGCCAUCGGGAACGUCACCGGCAGCAACGCCGUCAACGUCUUCCUGGGCCUGGGGCUGCCCUGGAUGAUGGCGGCCUUCUACUGGGACGGCAGCGCCACGGCGAAGUGGAGGCUGAAGUACCCCGAGCAGGCCGAGCUCUUCCCGAGCGGCGCGUUCGUGGUGCUCGCCGGAGAUCUCGUGUUCUCCGUGCUCGUGUUCCUGAUGUGCACGGUGGUCGCCUUCGCCGUCGUCUACUACAGGCGCAAGGCCCACGGCGCCGAGUUGGGCGGCCCGACCGGCAUCAAGAUCAACAGCGCGAUUCUCUUCGUGGUACUCUGGAUGGUCUACGUCAGCUGCGCAUCUUGGAAGACGCUCGCGGGAGACGUCGGAGCCGAUGCCAUGGUGCUGGCGGUGCUCUGCAAUGUUGCGGGAGCCGGCUUCCUGAUGGUGCUGAUCGUGGGGGGGGUCCACUAUUACGAGGCCUACCAGAAGAGGAGCGAGGAGUUCCAUCAGGGCGAGCAGAUGUCGCUGGUCAAGACGGUCGUGCAGGCUGUCAGGCAGGAGUCCGCCCGGAGGACGCUCAUCACCAGCAUCGGCAGCGCCAAGGGCGCGAAGGGCGGCGGCGGCAUCGCCGCCGCAGCCAAGAAGAUGGAGGAGCACCUGACCGCUCUCACCGCCAUCUGCCAGGAGCUGCAGCAGCACGGGAAGCUGCCCGACGAGGACGACGCCGAGGAGGGCCGCGCGCAGCCCGGGGCCGCGGAGGCCGCCGACGGGCGCCGGAGGAAGAAGGUGAGACGCGGGCGCGGAGAGGGUGGCGACGCGGACGCCGCGACAGAGCGGCGCAACUCGCUCAUGACGGAGUAGGCUCCCAUCGGCGCACCGUGCCGCAGCCGCUAGGGGCGGCACAGCGCGCGGCGCGGCUGUGGAGCAAGUCGUCGCCCGCUCCUGCAGUUGCCUCUUCCCGUCCCUCCAGCUCCCCCUCCUCGCCCCUCUCCCUCCACCACGUCACGCGAGGGGGACGUCUGUGCUUCUGGCUCGCGCCGCAGCGUUGGCCUCGAUCGGGUCGAAAUUUUAUCCGUGCGGCUCGCCGCGCACUGUACAGAGAUCGUUCAAGUACGGACAGCACGCACUUCCUGAGUCAGCCUGCCCAUUUUCAGUCCACUCUAGUUGACCCCCGAGCUCCCAGGAGUGCGAUGGAACGAGUCUCCUCUGAAGGACGUUUCCUCGGUGUUCCAGCUCAUGGCAGCAGCGCUUCCGAAUGUGAAGGCGCCGCCGUGUCCAGAUUCGGCUUCAAGGGCGCAUCCUCCGCCGCGUGCCGUGACACACCGGCGACAUCGCCCACGAGCGCAAUUUGGCACAGCAACAGGGCUUGUGUGUUAGAUUGCGCUGGUAGGCUUUGUUUUUCCAUUGUUCCCAGAGGAAAGAUCUUGGUGCUCGUCCUCCCCAGACCCCCGACGUAAUGAUUUUUUCAUGACGUCGAC